AUGAGAAUCGGCAGGAGUUUAAUGCCUCGUUUGGGAAGGGAAGCCACACAAGACGAGCUUCUUUAUGAUGCUCGUUGGACGAAAGACGUGGACAACCUCUUCAUAGACCUUCUUGCCGAGGCCCAUGUUGGUGGAGAAUGGAGACAGGGCAGACCAAGCCCUCAUGUAUUCCACUACUGCCAUGGUGUAUUAGAUGCAGAUCUUGGUGCAACCUUUACUCUCAAAGAACUUCAGGAACGUUUCGAUUUCCUUCACAAGCGGUUCCGUGUUUUUAGUUGGAUGCUACGAAAACACGGGUUGCGUCAUUGUGUGCAGUCCAACAUCCUUACGGCACCGGUAGCAGUAUGGAAUGACAUCUUCGAGUCUGACCCAUUCUCGGUGGCAUACCAACAUUCCGGGGACCCGCAGGUGUACGAAGCCACAUCAAAUGCACCAUUGGUCUUGGACCAAAAUUCCACCAACGAGAAUGAUGUGGCUUGGUUGACCGAACAGUCCUACGUCUUCUCGCUUUCUUCUAUCACUAAUGCACCAUUAAAUGGCUCAAUCGGAAACAACCUUUUACUUCUACCAAAUGCCCGAGAACGUGAACCUUCCUCCGAAGGUUCAGUGAACACACACACACAUGUGAACAUUCCAAGGCGGGGGGGUGGAACACCGUUGCGUAUUCCCCGACCACCGCGUAGGCCGGCGCCAUCAUCAUGCAAAGGGUCUUCUAGUGAUCCACAGAACUGA